CCCUUCCUCCUUCUUCCAUGGCAACUUCAAGGGACGGGGGGCUAUGGGAGGAGCGACGGUUGAAGGUCCAGGUGGUCGAGCCUGCGUAAAAACGCAUCAAACAGACGCAACGCACUUACGAAAUUGUGAACGUCAUGAAAAAAAACUUGAUCCCUGUAGCUUUUGGCACUCCUAGGAAUAAAUAAGCUGUUUUCAGAGAAAACCUCCUGGAUUUCUCUGCUGGAGAUACAACAAAAAGAGCGGAAAGCGCUUCAGUGGUGCGUCGCUGCGAUCUCUCUAGAAAACGGACACCACGGGACGAACCAGUUCAGGUUGAACUUAAAACUGUUGGUCAAAGAAGUCAACCUGAAAACAAGAUCAAGACGGCUCCGCGACCAGUGGAGAUAUGUUCAAGAAAAGCAAGAGUAAAGUGCUGGUGGAUUACGCGUCAGAGGAAGACGACAUGUCCUGGCACUAUCAUCACUCCUACAAGGACAAAGACAUAGAAGGAGAGGAAGAGGAGGAGGAAGCUGUCACUGCAGUAUCCAAGGAGGCCAAGGUGAAGAAGAUCAUGUCCAAGAAAGAGAGGAGGGAGAAGAAGAUGUUCUCCUCUAAAGAUGACGAGCACUUCUUGUUGACCGGAGUAAAGCUGACUGACCGCAGAGGGCCUCCCAAGAAAAUCAAGGACGAUGAGGAAAAAAAGGACAAGGCAGAGAAGGGCCACUGUUUUUGGGAGAGUGUUACCAUGACAAUGAGGCAGAUCUCCCCCACCAAAAAACUGGAGAAAAUGGAGGGCUGGGAGCCUCCACACCUGGACAACUCAACUGAGACUGUGACCGACGAAGCCCCGGAGGACAAGAGCCAGAAAGGGCCCCCGCCAGGGUCGUUCCCCGACACUGCCGGCCUCCCUUUGGAACUGGCCUCCUGGGCUGGCCAGGGUCUUGAGGAGGACUCUUCCCGCUAUGCGAAUCUGUCGGACUCCAAGAAUUCAACAGCUGCCAUCAGGUGGACAGCCCGCGCCAAAGUCAAGUUGUCUGGCAUCAGCAGGAUGAGCAGAGGGAUCGUGUCAGAAAGCGCUUGGGAGGGGUUUAAAUAGGAGCCAUUUCACCUUUGAUACCCUCUCUCCUCACCUCAAUAAAGUGGAUGAAGACCUGAACCAAAAUCUGCUCGUCUGUUGUAAAGCCCUGAACAUAACACUUAGUGUAGAAGUCCUCAACAUGCAAGUUUUAUCAAUGGGCUUUUGACAUAAAUUGUAAAUUACAACAAAUAAAAGCCUUAAACUACUGUACCAUUUGAACUGUGAUAUCCACUGGCCUGGCAUUUAGAUAUUUUGAUUUGCCAAUAAAUGAGAAGAGAGAUUUUCAUAUAAAUAUUAAGGCUGCAGGUGUUUGAUAAUUCAUGAAGAAUAAACAAACCUCCUGAAGACUUGUUGGUUUUCAGGCUCGUUGACAAUACAGAACUAAGUGAAGAAUGUGAGUCUGGAGCUCUGAUAUACACAUCGAUGAUGGGCUUAAAAUGUGUGCAAUGAUGAAACAGAUUAUGAAAUCAUUUGGGUCUGGAAUGUUAGUGUGUGUGUUUGCAAGUGUGUGUGUGUAAAAGAGAGGUUGAUGGACUUGCAUGCACAUUUGUUUUUUUUCGCAAAUCACAGUUGGCGUGCUAAAGAGAUUUUAAGUUCUGUUGUGUUGGGAGCAUGUGAGGGAUUCAAAUCAAAGCAACCCUUGCAUUGUCAUAGUUUGAUACAUGUUUAAAUCUGAUGCUGAAUAAUUUUGUAUAACAUUUGUAAUGCUGACAAGAUGAAAACCAAACUCUGUGUAUACUUGUAAAACACAAAGAAGAGACUUCAUGCAGCUGUGCCUUGUAUCAAAACAAUGACAUCAUGUAUGUACCAUUCUCUGUGCACAAAACAAUGCCUAUGCAUAUGUCGACCCAGCAUGCACUUGUGCGACUCAAACUGGUUUCCAGUUACACUCCCUGGAUGCUGUUAGCUUCACCAACAGUACCAGUUAUUAAACAAGUGUUUGGGGGCUACAUUAUGAAACAUCCUUUAUUGCUGUUUGCAUAUCUGUAUUUUGUAUAGGCUUGAGACAAUGAAGAGUCAUUUUGUUUCUAAGUGAUUCUUUUCCUUUUAGGUGAAUAGGAGACGUCGUGCCACUGGUCUUUGCGUCUCUUUUCAUAUUUGUCUUUGUUUUAAUCUGUUUACUGAAUUAGUGUGAUGCUGAGGUCUGCUUCAUUGUAGCCAGAAGUGUACACAGAUAUGGGUGUGCUUCCAAGGAUGCAUGUAUCCUGUAUUCAUGCAUUAAACAGCUGCAUUACAUUCUCUGAAGCAGAAUAAAGAUCUUUUCCGACUGCG